GAGCCGGCGCGUCCCGUCCGCGGCAGCUGCCGGGCGGGAAGGGGCGUGGGGAGUGCGGCCGCCUCUGGCCCGCACGCGUGGGGGUUCUCUGUGGGAAGAGCUGAAACCCCCGGUCGGAAUGCCUGGGUGUUGGUAGAGCCGUGUUUUCGGCGGGACAAGCGGGCGCCUCUCCGUGUCCCCAGGAUGGAGCGGACGCACCAGCUGGAGCUGUUCCCUAACUACAGCGUCAGGCUGCUUCUCUUCCGACACGUGAAAAAUGCCGCUGCUCUACGGAAAAAAGCCAUGGAAGGAUCCCUCGAAGGAGCACUGAUAAACCCUGCCAUGAUUGUAGAUCCUUUUCAAAUUCUCGUGGCAGCCAACAAAGCAGUACAUCUACAAGAGAUAGAUAAAAUGAAGACCAGAACUCUCUAUGCAGAAAUCAUUUUCAACCUUUCACCAAACAACAAUAUUUCAGAUGCAUUUAAAAAGUUUGGCAUUUCAGACAGUGACACAGCCGUACUCAUUGUUCUGCUGGAUAGCUACAAAACUGUAAAUCUGGAAGAUAUAGCAUCACAAGUGGAAGGCCAACAGGUUUCUCUAGAUGAACUCCCCCAGCUAACAGACACUGCCAGAGUUAAAAAGAUAUACAAAGUUACUCCACAAGAAGAAAAAAUCAGCACCUUAUUGGAUAGUGUUGUUUGCAGAAUGUCAACGAAAGAUGUCUUAUGAAAAUGUGGAAAUACAUUUUUUUAAAAGGAAAAAGGACUUUUUAAGGUGUAAAAUCACUUCAUUGCAGUUCAUCUUGCAUUUCAGAGAAAGUGGAAUAGUACUGAGUAGUUUGAUGACAUCUGAUCUUUAACCAAGCUUGGAUACCAAGCUUAGUAAUCUUAUCUGUGUUCUAAGCACAGAGACCAAUUCUACCAUGCAAAGCAGAAUUUGCCGUUGGUAUUUCUGUCCUUUUUCUUGACAAGGGAAAAUUGCCAGUGCUCUAAGCUGAACAUAAACAGAAGGAUUGGAAAUCUCUACUUACUUUUCUCUUUUAUCAACAAUGUUUUGCCAGUCCCAGACAGGAUUCAAACAUUCUAAAUAAUUUUUAUUAACCCUCCCCGUUUUGUUUUUUUGGUACACCUGAUGGAUGAUACUCUUUUAAGGAUACUACUGCCAGAAAAGGUGUCUUUAUGGCCCAAGUGUUGCUGAUGGACUAGAAAAAGGAAAGUUUCCAUAAACUAUCAGCAGCAUCUGCCUCCUUGUGCUAAUGGUAUAGAGCACUUCAGUGUUGGUGUUAAAGGAUAAUGAGUGGUGCUUUUACAUUAUAGCACUGGAGUAUGCACGGUGAUGCUGACUUCCUAGGGCCUAGUUCCAGGUGCAGAAUUCACAGACAAAUUUGCACCAUACAUUUAUUCACUUAAAAUUGUCAAUACAACUUACACGGCCUUUUGAAAAGAUCAUAGAACUUGUUUUGGUUUUUUUUGAACUGGUGUUAGGAAAGGCCAUCAAAGGGAAGUAGGAAGACUAUUGAUUUUCCAGUAGUCACUAGGUGCAAGAGCCCUGCAUGAGUAUCAUUUAAUCACACACAGGCAUCCUGUUUAAGUAAAACUACUGUCCUAGUUAGGUAGAAAUGCAUAGUUUGUUAUUGUUAUACUGUAUUGUUUUUCUGGGAUGUGCUAAAACUGUGUAGUUGUCUGCAUUUUUUUUUCCUAACGUUCUCUGAGUUAUUAUGAUUUGUGUCCUUACAAGAUACUUGGAAGAGUAUGCCCCACAUUCUUACAGGUAGUGUUUGGAAAAACAAUAUAUUUUGUCAGAUAAGUCUGAGUUAGAGUUGAAAUGUUGUCCAAUACAGUAAACAGACCAGUGAACUGACAUAUAGACCUACUUUUGUCUGUGUUUCUGUUUAAUUAUGGAAAUCCCUAGCUUGUGUUUUGCAUUUUGAUUUUGGUUAAGUCUUCCCUCAGUUUAAACCCAAGAGUACAAAUACCAUCUUUUUCUUACCAACCAGACCAAUGGCAAAUUUAGUUCCCAAGUACCAAAGGAAUUCCAAGGUUUAUCAAAAGAAAGGAUUUGGGAGAAAUCGCUGUGCUGACUUCUUGCUUUAAAGAUGGUUUUACAGAAUGCAUCAUCCUCUCUAAAGGGAAAUGUGAGGCAGUAGUAAAAAAUGGAGCUUGGAAGGGCUUGCAUCUUUUAAAAAAAGAUGUGUGUAACAUCAGGAUGUGAGAAUGACCAUGGAAAAUAAAAGACUUGUUUUCCUUUUC